GCUCGGUGGUUUAAAGAUGGCGGCGGCGGCUGGGGCGAGGAGCCGCCGGAGGGGGAGGGAGAAGGAGAGUCUGUGAGUCGCUGGGAGGCAGCGCGGCAGCGGCUCCGAGGAGUCCGCGUGCGGAGCCGCCGGCAACUCCGGCCCAGAGGGCCUGGGCUUGGUCCGGAGAGACCGGAGCGGCGCCAGGAGCUCCGGAGGCCGGAGCAGAGGAGGAAUGUGAGCAAGGGUCGGCGGGGGCGCGGGAGUACGCGAGCGGCGGGAUGGGGCAGCAGGUGGGCCGCGUCGGGGAGGCUCCGGGGCUCCAGCAGCCGCAGCCGCGCGGGAUCCGGGGCAGCAGCGCAGCCAGGCCCUCGGGCCGCAGGCGGGACCCGGCGGGGCGUACAGCAGACGCCGGCUUCAACGUCUUCACCCAGCACGAAGUUUUGCACCGCCCGUUUGGCUGUGAUGCUGAAUCUCAGGCACUGAAUGAAGCUAUCAGGUGGAGCUCCAAGGAGAACUUGCUGGGAGCCACUGAGAGUGACCCCAAUCUCUUUGUUGCACUUUAUGACUUUGUGGCAAGUGGUGAUAACACACUCAGUAUCACUAAAGGGGAAAAGCUGCGAGUCCUUGGUUACAACCAGAAUGGCGAGUGGAGUGAAGUUCGCUCCAAGAAUGGACAGGGUUGGGUGCCAAGCAACUACAUCACUCCAGUUAACAGCCUGGAGAAACAUUCCUGGUACCACGGACCUGUAUCCCGAAGCGCAGCAGAAUAUCUCCUCAGCAGCCUAAUCAAUGGCAGCUUCCUGGUUCGAGAGAGUGAAAGCAGCCCUGGGCAGCUGUCCAUCUCUCUCAGGUAUGAGGGACGUGUGUAUCACUACAGGAUCAAUACCACCACAGACAGCAAGGUGUACGUGACAGCUGAGAGCCGCUUUAGCACCUUGGCAGAGCUUGUUCACCACCACUCCACAGUUGCUGAUGGGCUAGUGACCACGCUGCACUACCCAGCACCGAAGUGCAACAAGCCAACCGUCUAUGGCGUGUCUCCUAUCCAUGACAAGUGGGAAAUGGAGCGGACAGAUAUCACCAUGAAGCACAAACUUGGGGGCGGUCAGUACGGAGAGGUUUAUGUUGGCGUCUGGAAGAAGUACAGCCUUACAGUGGCUGUGAAAACACUGAAGGAAGACACCAUGGAGGUGGAGGAGUUCCUGAAGGAAGCUGCAGUGAUGAAGGAGAUCAAGCAUCCUAACUUAGUACAACUGCUAGGUGUGUGUACCCUGGAGCCACCGUUUUACAUUGUGACUGAAUACAUGCCGUAUGGGAACCUGCUUGACUAUCUCCGGGAGUGCAGCCGGGAGGAGGUGACCGCCGUCGUGCUACUUUACAUGGCCACCCAGAUCUCCUCUGCCAUGGAGUACUUGGAGAAGAAGAACUUCAUCCAUAGAGAUCUUGCUGCCCGGAAUUGCCUAGUGGGCGAGAACCAUGUGGUGAAAGUGGCCGACUUUGGUUUAAGUAGACUGAUGACUGGAGAUACCUACACUGCUCAUGCUGGAGCCAAGUUUCCUAUUAAAUGGACAGCACCUGAGAGUCUGGCCUACAAUACCUUUUCAAUUAAAUCUGACGUUUGGGCCUUUGGAGUACUGUUGUGGGAAAUUGCUACAUAUGGAAUGUCACCAUAUCCAGGUAUUGACCUAUCUCAAGUCUAUGACCUACUGGAAAAAGGAUAUCGAAUGGAACAGCCUGAGGGAUGCCCCCCUAAAGUGUAUGAACUUAUGAGAGCAUGCUGGAAGUGGAGCCCUGCUGACAGGCCCUCUUUUGCUGAAACCCAUCAAGCUUUUGAAACAAUGUUCCAUGACUCCAGCAUCUCUGAAGAGGUAGCUGAGGAGCUUGGGAGAACGGCCUCCUCCUCCUCUGUGGUUCCAUACCUGCCUCGGUUACCGCUGCUUCCUUCCAAGACGAGGACCCUGAGGAAGCAGGGGGAGAACAAAGAGAACCUAGAUGGGGGCCUUGAUGCCGCCGAGAGCCUGGCCUCCAGCUCAGCACCAGGGUUCAUUAGAAGCACACAGGCCUCCAGUGGGUCCCCAGCUCUGCCUCGAAAGCAAAGAGAUAAGUCACCCAGCAGCCUCUUAGAAGAUGCCAAAGAGACAUGCUUUACCAGGGAUAGGAAGGGAGGCUUCUUCAGCUCCUUCAUGAAAAAAAGAAACGCCCCCACGCCCCCGAAGCGCAGCAGCUCCUUUCGAGAAAUGGAGAAUCAGCCCCACAAGAAAUAUGAGCUCACGGGUAACUUCUCACCUGUUGCUUCUCUACAGCAUGCUGAUGGGUUCUCUGUCACUCCCGGCCAGCAAGAGUCGAAUCUGGUGCCAGCCAAGUGCUAUGGGGGGAGCUUUGCACAGAGGAACCUCUGUGCUGAUGAUGACAGUGGUGGGGGUGGGGGCAGUGGCACUGCUGGGGGUGGGUGGUCUGGUAUCACAGGCUUCUUUACACCUCGCUUAAUCAAAAAGACACUGGGCUUGCGAGCAGGUAAGCCCACAGCCAGUGAUGACACUUCGAAGCCUUUUCCAAGGUCCAACUCUACAUCUUCCAUGUCCUCAGGGCUUCCAGAGCAGGAUAGGAUGGCAAUGACCCUUCCCAGGAACUGCCAGAGGUCCAAACUCCAGCUGGAAAGGACAGUGUCCACCUCUUCUCAACCAGAAGAGAAUGUGGACAGGGCUAAUGACAUGCUUCCAAAAAAAUCUGAGGAAGGUGCUGCUCCAGCCAGGGAGAGACCAAAAGCCAGACUAUUGCCCAGAGGAGCCACAGCUCUCCCCUUGAGAGCCCCUGAUGCAGCCAUCACAGAGAGUGACUCUCCGGGGGUAGGGGUGGCUGGAGUGGCAGCUGCCCCCAAAGGCAAGGAAAGGAAUGGUGGGACGCGACUUGGAGUCGCUGGAGUCCCCGAGGAUGGAGAGCAGCUAGGCUGGUCUUCUCCAGCCAAGGCUGUAGCUGUCCUCCCAACCACUCACAACCACAAAGUGCCAGUCCUUAUCUCUCCCACUCUGAAACACACUCCAGCUGAUGUGCAGCUCAUUGGCACAGACUCUCAGGGGAACAAAUUCAAGCUCUUAUCUGAGCAUCAGGUCACAUCCUCUGGAGACAAGGACCGACCCCGUCGGGUAAAACCAAAGUGUGCCCCACCCCCACCCCCAGUGAUGAGACUACUGCAGCAUCCGUCCACGUGCUCAGACCCCGAGGAAGAGCCGACUGCCCCACCUGCAGGACAGCACACUCCAGAAACCCAGGAGGGAGGAAAAAAGGCAGCUCCAGGCCCAGUGCCCAGUAGUGGGAAACCUGGGAGGCCAGUCAUGCCUCCACCUCAAGUGCCUUUGCCCACAUCUUCCAUCUCACCGGCCAAAAUGGCCAAUGGCACAGCAGGUACUAAGGUGGCCCUGAGAAAAACCAAACAGGCAGCUGAGAAAAUCUCAGCUGACAAAAUCAGCAAAGAGGCCCUGCUGGAGUGUGCCGACCUACUGUCCAGUGCAAUCACGGAACCUGUGCCCAACAGCCAACUGGUGGACACUGGGCACCAGCUGCUCGACUACUGCUCAGGGUAUGUGGACUGCAUCCCUCAGACUCGCAACAAAUUUGCCUUCCGAGAGGCUGUGAGCAAACUGGAACUUAGCUUACAGGAGCUGCAGGUGUCUUCCACAGCUGCUGGUGUGCCUGGGACAAACCCCGUCCUUAAUAACUUAUUGUCAUGUGUACAGGAAAUUAGCGAUGUGGUGCAGAGGUAGCCAUCGUCGGCCGAGUGGGGAAAUGCACACAUUCUGAGGGGAGAGGGAAAGGGACUCGUUUUCCUGUGUUCUCGUUCUCAAAAAGUGAAAGACUGGUACUUGAGUGUGUUUAUGUGAAGUACCUCAGGUCCCUGAGUUCUCACGUUUACAGGGUCAUCUCAGAACAGCAGAAAGGAAGUCACAGAAGUAGACAAAAGUCAGUGUGGUGGAGCAGCGCAGUGUGGGCAGGGUUGAAAAGUGCACUGGGAGAUUAGGGGACCUCGUGUGCACAUCGUAGGAAAGCACAGCCCUCUCUCUGCGGUGGCCUGUGUCGCCCACUGCCCACUGUUGGGCUGCUCUCAGUUGUGCUGUACUACGAAACAGGCCUUGACCUGGCCAGUCCUGGGGGUUAUCACGUUUCAGUUUACUGCAAAUCUGGGGAGCAGGAGAAAGCAGUGUGGGGGUUGUAGCAGGAGAUGUUUUAUUCGAGGCUAGUGGAAGUGGCUGUUGGCCUUGCUUCCAUGGUCAUUGCUGUUGUAGCGGGAACUGCACACUAGAUUACCAGAGUACUCCACUGGGAAACAUGGCCUUUCCAUCUGCUUUGCACUGUUUACCACUGGCGUGUCAGUUGGUGCAGAAAGUACAGAAUGUAGCGUAAGUUUAGUCAGACAGACACCUCCAAGCUCUCAUACUGACUAGCAGUCACUUCUCCCACUCUUCUAGAAUGUUACUUGCUAGUGGGCCAGUAUCCACCUGCAGCUUGUUGGUGGCUGUCUGUAAGCCAUGGGCAUAGGGGCAGUCUCUCUUCCUUCAUUCCUGACAGCAUACCGGGCAUUACCCAGCAUCGAUGUUGAAAAUAGUACUCACACUACAGGUUCCUAUGCCCCUGAACACUGACACAAUGGCCACUUGAGCAGCUACACAUACUCUGUACUUAAUGAGAAUAACAAGCAGAUGUAGUACCUUUCUGAAAGGGGCUGGCCACAUGGCUGUCCUCUGGCUGGCUGUGGGGAGCCGUGUCCACCGAGGGCCUCCAUAGGAUCUCGUCGUCUUUGUCUUUGCUCCCAGACCGUCCCUAAGCCCUGUUGCACUUGGAGUUUGUGUUGGGAAUAUACUUUAUUUAUUUUCUCCUUUCAUCUCUAUUUCACAGUGCAUAAUAGAAGGGGUGGAUUAUUUUCAGGGAGCACCAGUUAGGCCCAGAAACCUCAGGGUUUAACCUGAGAGUUGGUUUUGCCUUUGAGAAAUGGGCACUCCCCUUCCCUAAUUACAGUCAUGGAAGCUAAUAGAGUAACAUGGGAUAGAACUGUAGCAGGCUGCACAUUACUGAUGGUUUUGGUGUUGUGUCUAAUUCUAGUUUCUGAUUUUUCUUUCAAAGAGAACCAAUACAAAAUAUGGUGAUGUUUCUUUUUCCAAAGGAAUAUUAAUGUAGGAAGAUGCGAAUUGCGCACUAAGCAGUGUUUUCUUCUUGGCUCAUUGAUCCAUGCCGUCAAGUCGCUACCCUGUCUUCUGAUCUCUUAAUUGAAGGCAAUAGCCCACAUUCUCAAGAGGGUUUUGCAGACUUAAUAUACCACUCCCGCUGAGAGGCUCUCUGGGAAGCUCUUUACUUAAUGUUGUUGGGUCGCUUUUCAUUCUCUUUGCUGAAUCACAAAUAAGAAACGUUUGAACUGCCAGAAUCAGGCCAGAACCCUAAGGGGAAACUAUUUCAAGUCGCAUUUGGCAUCCUUAACCAAGAAAGAAAUUUAGUUUUCAAUUAGAAAAAGGAAAUUUGGAUGCCUGUCACUGCUGCUCUAGUGAAGAAAGCUCAGGGUGAGCCGAGGCCUGGGGUAAAGGACACAGCCCUGCAGUGGUAGCAUGUUCCCUCAGCUGCAGCCUGACAGCCAGGCUCCAGGUUCGUGCCCCUGGAGUCACGGAAGAAGAUUCCCCCCACCUUGUUGGCCACUAUUCUGCACAUCGGAUGCACGCAUAAACUUGAAUUUAUUCUAGCAGUUAGCUUAGUUAGAUGGGGCAGAGGAAGUGAAAACUUGAGGGCAUUAUUAAUGCUGCUUUUAGCGUAUAUCCCUGCAGCGUGGGAUGUCUUAACGGAUGGUGGUUGUUUUGGGUUUGGGUCUCGUUUUUGUUUGUUUGUUGUUGGUUUUCCCUUCAGAGUUCUGAAAACAAGCAAGUAGUGUUCUUCAAAACACUGCUGAGUCACUUGGCUGCCUGCUUUUCUUUCUCUGAGGCCCUGAGUCAUGUCUCACUCAAGCGCCUGCCCUGCUCACACAGCAUCACUAAAUCCAUGAGCUGAACUGACUGUCCUCUCCUCGUGACAGCAUGAGCUGUGUCCUUUACAGGGAUUGAGGCCUCGGGCCACAGAGGCACUGUCAACUUGCUGUGGAAGAAUUAUUUACGUUUGUCUUGCAUCUACCUGCAAGGGACCAGCUUAAAAGGGGUGGGGAGGGGCAAAUUAAAUGGUUUGAAUCUAAAUGAGAGAAAACUGCUUUUAGAAGCUAAAAAUGUAAUUAUUUAUGUAGCCUAAAAACAAAGCAGAUGGCGAAAGAGAAGGCUCUGGCAACUCCUAAAGCCAUCCAUUCGGCCGGGCAGACCUCUGCACGGCCACGGCUCGCUUGCUUACUCUCAUUACAAGUCCCGUGACUGCAUUGCAUCUCCUGCCUUCAGAUGCAGUGCUCUGUAUUGAAGAUAUCCAAAUUCUGCUUUACGGGGAACUUUUUUGUUGUUGUUUUUUUAAGCUUUGGGUACAAUUGUAUUUCACAUUUCCAGGUGAUUUCCAUCAUGCUGUUCAGAAAGGCAGGCUUUGAAACUGGCCUUUUGUAUGAGAUGUAGUUUGCAGUGAGGUGGACUAAAUGGAACAUAAUAUACCUACCAAGCUGUGGUCUGGCAUGUAAGAAACGGGUUUGGUCAUUUUCAAGAUGCCCUUUGUAAAAGGUCAUCAUAGUGGAUUGGAGACUAGGUUCCAGCCUCAUUUUAAGGUUUCAUUUAUAAAUGUUCCUCCUUAGUUGACAAUUGGCUGGCUAACUCACUUUCUGUUAAUGAAGACAGUGGUUUUUAAGUUAGGGGUACAGCAUACCGAUAGUGUGAGGCCAUGUUUAUAGCUCAGGUGCCUGGUGCAGUGACCACCUAGGCUGUUAAUUGCUAGUAUGAACUCCUAACCUGGGAGCACACAAACAUCCUCUAGAGAUUUUUAAAGGAAAACUGAUGAAUUAGCCCCACUUUGAUGGAAUCCCCGGUGGGAUGAGAGACUAGCUAGCAUGUUUCCCAAGAUCUUCUCCAGGUUUCAAACACUCCCCAUUCUCUGAACACUGUGUACAGAAGAGGAGACAGGAGAGGACUAUUGUCACUAGUUCAUAUCUUGUAGCAGUUAAUGGCAAAGCUAAGGCUAGAAUUCAGGAGUCCUGACAUUUGGCAUCUCUCCACAGCUUGCUGCCUUGUGAGAUGCUGAGCUAGACAAUCAGUGUGCCCACGUGGUGCUGCACACUUCUAAAGCACAGGCUCUGGCAGGCCUGGCCAGGAAGGGCUUGGAUGUUUGGUAAUGGCAGUGUAGCUGGACAAGCCUUUAGUAGAACUCCACUCUGAAGAGAACUUAGCACUGUUCUUCUAGACCUCAGGCACACAUAGAGAUCUGCACUUUGUAGUUGAAGAAUACCAGCCUGAGUUGUUUAAAAACAAGAAGGAAAAAGAAAAAGAACUAGUCCUACACUCUUUUUUUGUUCAAAAAGAAAUGUGUUGUUCAGUGUCAUUUUAAUGCAUGCAAGGUAGUGUAUCUGAAAGCACCUUGAGAAAUCAAAUGCAUUCACUGUAAAGCUGAAUUGCGAAUGUCUGUAGAGGAUGAGCUGACCUGGACCUGAAGCUAGAAACUCACCCUCUGCUGUAGUUUGUUGCAGACAUAUGUCCGACACUGCUAAAUGUGCAUGGGAAGACACAGCGAUGUUUGCUAAUAGUUUAGAGCUGAACAGCUUCAGAAAAUUUAGGGGCCAAUUUUUUGGUUUAAUUCUCAUUUUUAAGAAGUAGUCAAGUGGUGGCAUGCAAUCCAGCAGUAAAGAGGCUAAGGCAAGAGAGUCUCAAGUUCUAGACCAGCCUCAGCCUCAGGAGAUGAAAGGAAGAAUAGAUUACUCCCGGUGAAGCCAGCAGCUUUUCCAGACCCUUGACUGGACGACGAAGACCCCCUUCCUCUUGAGCAGUCCUCUGCUACAUGCUCUGCUUUUGGUGUGGUAGGAGCAGACUCAUCUCCUGUUUAUGUUGACACUUUCUUUUUAAAACUAAUGUCUUGGGGUGGGGGGAAAGUUGGGGGUAGAAGACUGAUGUACUUGGAGAAUUUCUAGAAUUUUCUCCCAGUUAUAAAUGACAGUGACAUUUAUCAUCACUCCUUUAAAAGAAAAGUAGCUGAGCUUAACUCACCUGUUAGAUUAUCAUGUAUUCCAGGAAAUCAUGUGGAGGUGGCUUGCAUAUUGCUGCACUCUAGUCUCUCCCCC